UCGUGAGCGCGCGGCGGCAGUUCGUCCGGCAUCACCGUCGCCAACGCUUGUCGCUGUGCUCCGUUCGCGACCGCGUGUGUUUGCAUCCCGUUCGUGCGUGCGAUCGUUUUUCGUCGUCGUACACUCGCGCGCGUCCCAUGUGCAUCUGAUUCGUGUCGUCUUGUGGAGUGCGAUCCAUUUUAUAAAUAUUUCUCGUCGGUUCAGUUGUUUUUGGAAUUGUUUUUAGAAACGUUAGAAAUCGCGUCCGUCGAUCGUAUAAAUCGUUGACACUCGCUACACAAAUCGGAUACGACAACCGCGAGUGUCUAGGACUCUCCGGACGAAUAUUUCCCGCUUAAGCCGGUGAGUGCCCUCUGUUGAAAUAAUAUUGUUACCGUCGUCUUUGGCACCGUGGAAUGACGAUAAUAUCGUCGUCGUCGACACGUCUUGACGACGGUUCUAGCAGCCACGUCUCCCGUUAACCGUCUAAGCGUUACGAUUUCGCGGCCGAAACGCCACUUACUCACUCGUCUCUCGCUCGCUUACUUUUACUCCGCCUGUACUACUAUUAUUAAGGUCGUUCUAAUACCGGAGAAGUGGUAACCUUCAUCGCGGGUUACCUUUCGUCGUCGUGAAUUCGGCGCCGUCGUCACGUCACACGUCCGUUGUCGGCGACUAUAGCUACGCCGACAAGUUACUGCGGAACUCAGGAAUAAUUCAAUAUUUGAAACCUAUCGAUUAAUUUGAACCAGAGGAAACCGCCGUGCACUUGAUACAUGUUUAAGAAAAUGUAAUUGGAGUAUGGAACUUUACGAGAUCGGGUGGCAAGGAGUGGGCGCCGUCACCGUUAGAUCGUUGGAUCACAGCCACUGGCUUUGAGACGUGUUGACGUCGUCGUACACGGGUGCCAGCUGUUAUGCGUAAGCAAUGAUCGGCCUGUAUACACUGAUAGCGCUGCUGCUGUGGGCGCCCAUCGCGUCGCACUCGGCAUCCGAAUUGGACUGGGUCACCGUGUGCAACCAGCAGACGUGCCGGUGCAAAUGGGUCAGUGGCCAGAAGAUGGCUGAGUGCAUCAAUUCGAGCCUCACCAGCAUACCCAAGACCCUGAGCAACGAAGUGCAGGUGCUCGACCUGACCAACAACAAAAUACUGGAGAUAAAUAAGGACGCAUUCCGAGAGGUGGGCCUGAUCAAUCUGCACAAGCUGAUCGCCCGCAAUUGUUCCAUCGAGCUGGUCGACAAAGACGCGUUCCGUGGCCUGGAGAUACUCAUCGAGCUGGACCUGUCCAACAACAACAUUCACGUGCUACACCCGACCACGUUCCGGGACCCAUUCCGGUUGCGCAAGAUCUACCUGAACCACAAUCUCAUACAGCGGCUGCGGAACGGUCUGUUCAGCAACAUGUCGUUCCUGCAGACGGUCGAGCUUAAUUCGUGCCUAAUUACGGACAUUGAGCCCAAGACAUUCUACAACAUCACCAAGUUUAAUAGCCUGGAGCUGAGUGGGAACCAGUUGGCAAACAUGAAGGCCGAGGUCUUGUAUUCCGUGCCGAGUCUGAUGAACUUGGGAAUCACCAACAACCCGUGGCGAUGUGACUGCAAGCUUAGGCCGUUCAUGAACUUGGUCAUGAACAAAAAUCUCUACAUCAAAACAGCGUCGUGUACCGAACCACCGAGGCUGCUGAACAAACUAUGGGGCGACAUCAAACCUGACGACUUUGCAUGCCAGCCGAUUAUCGAGUAUCCCGCGCAGAGUUCCACGUUCCAGCUGGAUGACGACGAGCUGAUGACGAUCGGUUGCAAGAUAAACGGAGAGCCUAUGCCCAGCGUCCAGUGGGUGUUCAACAACCGGCCCAUAUCGAAUUAUUCGCACGGUGAUUACAAAUUCACGGUGUACGAAAGCGUGGACAACACCAUGGCCAAGUGGAUCAACCUGACCGUGUCCCGGUCCCGGUUGAUUGGGAAGUCCGAGUUCAAAUGCAUCGCGCAGAACCCCGCCGGUUUGGAAGAGCGCAAAAUCACCGUCAUCGUUCAGGGCAGCGGUACCAAGGGCAUCCUGGGUAGUACGGUCAGCGUGAAAGAAUCGCUGCCCAUCAUCAUCGGCCUGGUGGCUGGCAUUUUCAUCAUAAUUCUAUUGUUGAUCGUUUGCUGUCUGUGCUGUUACCGGCGCCGGCCGGCAAGCGGCGGUGUGCUGUCAAAAAAAUCGCACGCCAACGGCUUUUCCAACGGUGACGUGCCCAACCAUCACAACCACGUCACGUCGCUAGUGUCCGAACCGUCUGAACAACAAAAGAGCCUUUUGGCCGUCGUGAAUCCGGUUCAAAAGCCUCCCAGGAGAUAUGAAUCGUCGCCGACUGGCACCGAAAUGACCGAAUUGAAGAGAAAUUUACUGGACGAGACGUCCGUCAGUGGCGAUGCGGACGAACAAUUUUACGGCGAGUCAGGUGACGAGCUGGCCAACAUCAUCGACAGCAGUGGCAUAAGCAACGGCGUGGGCAACGGCCGUUCUUACCGGAAGGGCACGCACCCACCGGACCUUUUGGCAUUUCCCCGGGGAAGCGGCGGCGGUGGCGGCCACAGUUCGCCAGCCGGCAGCGUAGUGUCCACGGUCCCAUCGUUCCAGUCACCGUUGCACAGUCCCAUCUACUCAGGAACGUUGCCGUACAACCGGUCCCAGUCUCCGUUCAGCUCGCGUCCCGCUCAGCCGCCCGCCGGUUACGUUACCAUACCGCGGCGGCCGCGCGUGCCCAGCUGGGCCAGCAGCACCGGCGUCGGUGGGACGUCCGCGUCCACGCCGACCGCUGGCCACGUGGACGACCCGCUGGGUGUGGGCCGGCUAUGCGAACCGGUUUACGACAACCUAGGCCCGCGGACCACGGCCGACGGCAGUUCGGUGCUGUCGCUGACCAAGGCAGUGGCCGACUCGGCGGCCGUGCACAGGCCCAAGCCGCAGUACAGCCAGACGCUACCGCACAAGACCAAGCUGCACAGCGGACACCGUCCCAGAUUCACCGCCGAUGACGCGCAGGACGCCCGCAGAGUACCGUCGCCGGCGCCCAGAUCGCCGGACAAGACAUUGCCGUCGCAGGUUUCCGGCCUGCCGCAGCACAACGCACUGCCGCCGAACUACUCGCCACUGGUGGAGAUGGACGCAAGGAACCGGAGCAGUUGGGCGCCAAGCCGGGUCGGCACGCCCGAGUCGGGCGUCCUCAAGCCGGCCAGCCAGACGAGCGUCAAGCGAAAGGUACCGCCCAAACCGCCGCCGAAGCCCAAAAUGAAGGGCGGCCCGUUGUUCGAAGACGAAGGCGAGGACGGCACCGAAGUCUAAGGUCCGUCUUUCCCCCCGCGUGCCACUCGAACGAAUCCUCUGUACUUCCAUGAUGAUAUGUUUAUGUUAUGUUAUAACUUUUUUUUGUUCGUAUAACAUGCUAUUUUUUUUUCUCUCAUUUUCAUUUACUCAUCACAAGGCGUUGUAUAUUGUUUUUGUUUUUCUAUACUAUUCGGCUGCUAUAAUCGUUUCGUUUUUAUUUUUUGUCCUUCCCUCCCUAGUUAUAAAAAUAGUUUAAAAAGAAAGAAUUUAAGCGUGUGAUCCUAUUUAUCGUGGUUAUGUCAUUGUCAUGCGAUUGUGUGCAAUGUGCAUAGUUUUUCUUUUUUUGUUUAAAAAG